UCAAGAGUCUGAAAAACUGUUUAAAAGAAAAAAUGAGCGAUAAUAUGCAAUCAGAUGAUAUGCAAGAAGCUGAUCUUGGUCUUGGCGAUGGACUCAAACCAGGAGGACUCACAAUUUUAUCAAAUGAACCUCACAACCCUUCUGAAGACCGUUUGUUGUCAAAAGUGUCAAAUAAUUCGGAUAGGAACAGUCACUGGCUGCAGUUGUUCAGAGGAUUCCGAGGAAGAAUUUGAGCUCUCAUUAAUGCCUAUACAACAAAUACAUGAUCUCAAAACACAGUAUUCUCACUUAGUGCCAAAAUCUAGUCGUUGCAGUGAAACUUUUAGUGGAAAGGAUGAAGAAAUUCUGAUCUAUGAUGAAAGAUAUUUUUGCGAGAAACCAAAAACUUCGAAUUGUCAGGACCAAGGCUCUGAAAAAGAAAGCAAAGUGGAGGAAAAGGGCUCUGACUUUCCAUCAUAUGCAGAUGUAACAUAUGGGACAUCUAUUCGGCAACAGAAAGAAUUGUUUAAUCGAAACAUUGAAGAAAUAAGAAAAAAGAUGAAUGUCUCAAUACCAAAUUCAAAUAUGUCUCCAGGGCAAGAUAAAAUGAAAGCUGAAAAUCACAAAUCCAGAAAGAAAAGAACAUGUGAGGAAAUUGCCAUGAAGUUAGCUGAAACCUUGCAGGAGGUGGAAGACUUGAAAAUAGAGCUGGAGACAUGUGAACAAAGGCUUGAUUCAAAAUACAAGGCCAUCAAUAUUCUUAGAAAACAGGCAGAAGAAGCACAAAAACAACUGAAGCUUACAGAGAUGUCUUCAAAAGAAACGACUUUAAAAUUGUCCCAGGUGAAUGUAGCUGGUGGUGGUAAUAGUGAUAGAGUGACCUCCCUUGUUGUGCAACCAGACCAGGAUCUCGGUGACCUCUCCACACAACUUCUCAAGCAGAGGCGGCACACAGACAGAGUUAAAGACGAUUCUAAACCUAAAACUGUUCCCAUAGAGAAAUAUACAAGAAAGUGCCAAGAAAACAAGUCCCUGAUGAAGACGUUAGAGUUGAAGAUGGAAGACCUACGAAAAGUUACAGCUCAGAAGAUGGCUGUAGACAGAGAGAAUGAUGAGCUGUUAGCAUUGUUAGAUAUACAGGAGAGAGCUAAAUAUGAGAAGACAAGAAGUGUUUCCUCUGAGGAAAAUUACUGUUCGUUCUCCAGUACUGAGCUUGCUGUACUUGGAGCAUGUAGAUGUAGAAUUUCUAGUCCCGAGCCAUGUGGCUGUGCCCACGCAGCUGCGAAUCUCAAAAAGGAAAUUGUCAAAAUGAAAGAAGAGCUACAUCUUUACAAGAGUCGUAGAGACGAGGCCUACCAUACUGUAGAUGCAUAUAGGAAAGCCUUUGAAGAACAGUUACAACGUAAUAAAUCCCUCACCCUACAACUGGCAAAUAUCAGUACAGGCAGGAACAGCACAGGCAACCUUUCUGGAACAUCUAAGGCUAAACUAGCUCUCAAAUGGUUAAUUGGAAGUUUAAAUGAUGAAGAUGUUCCAGAUGAUGCGUCAAGUAUGGUGCCAGGGCCUGCCAUGUCAGAAUAUGAACUUAUCACCUACCUCACAGAAAUGUUGAAUGAGAAGAAGGAGGUAUUAGCCCACCAAAAACUUGCCUCUCAGAUCCUGGCUGACAGGGUGAAGGUACUGGAGGAUAAAUUGUCUCGCUAUGAAAAAGAUGACUCAGAAGUUUUCACCUGAACCACGGAGCAAAACUAUCAAAGAACAAAGAGGAAACCAAUGAUUGUCUGAAAUCAGGAUUAUUCAAUACUGCUGAUUACUUUUGUGACCAGGAUUAAUCCAUGCUGUAGCCUGAUGUCUGUUUUUAUGACCAGGAUUAAUUCAUGCUGCAGCCUGAUGUCUGUUUUUGUGAUCAGGAUUAAUCCAUGCUGCAGCCUGAUGUCUGUUUUUGUGAUCAGGAUUAAUCCAUGCUGCAGCCUGAUGUCUGUUUUUGUGACCAGGAUUAAUCCAUGCUGCAGCCUGAUGUCUGUUUUUGUGACCAGGAUUAAUCCAUGCUGCAGCCUGAUGUCUGUUUUUGUGACCAGGAUUAAUCCAUGCUGCAGCCUGAUGUCUGUUUUUAUGACCAGGAUUAAUCCAUGCUGCAGCCUGAUGUCUGUUUUUGUGACCAGCUGCAGCCUGAUGUCUGUUUUUGUGACCAGGAUUAAUCCAUGCUGCAGCCUGAUGUCUGUUUUUGUGAUCAGGAUUAAUCCAUGCUGCAGCCUGAUGUCUGUUUUUGUGACCAGGAUUAAUCCAUGCUGCAGCCUGAUGUCUGUUUUUGUGAUCAGGAUUAAUCCAUGCUGCAGCCUGAUGUCUGUUUUUGUGACCAGGAUUAAUCCAUGCUGCAGCCUGAUGUCUGUUUUUGUGACCAGGAUUAAUCCAUGCUGCAGCCUGAUGUCUGUUUUUAUGACCAGGAUUAAUCCAUGCUGCAGCCUGAUGUCUGUUUUUGUGACCAGCUGCAGCCUGAUGUCUGUUUUUGUGACCAGCUGCAGCCUGAUGUCUGGUUUUUGACCAGGAUUAAUCCAUGCUGCAGCCUGAUGUCUGUUUUUUUUACCAGGAUUAAUCUAUGCUGCCGACAGAUGUCUGUUUUUUUGACCAGGAUUAAUCCAUGGUGCAGCCUGAUGUCUGUUUUUGUGACCAGGAUUAAUCCAUGCUGCAGCCUGAUGUCUGUUUUUGUGACCAGGAUUAAUCUAUGCUGCAGCCUGAUGUAUUUUUUAGCUCGACUAUUCAAAGAAUAGGGGAGCUAUCCUACUCGCCCCGGCGUGAGCGUUAGCGUGAACGUCACACAAAUGUUAAAGUUUGCGUACUACCCCAAAUAUUUUCAAAGUCCAUUGAGAUAUUGCUUUCAUAUUUUGCAUACUUGUUUACCAUCAUGACCCCAGUCUGUGAAAAGGAGGAGGUAACUCUAUCAAGCAUUUUGACUGAAUUAUGGCCCCUUUUUGACUUAGAAUAAAUGUUAAAGUUUGCGUACCACCCCAAAUAUUUUCAAAGUCCAUUGAGAUAUUGCCUUCAUAUUUUGCAUACUUGUUUACCAUCAUGACCCCAGUCUGUAAAAAGGAGGAGGCAACUCUAUCAAGCAUUUUGACUGAAUUAUGGCCCCUUUUCGACUUAGAAUAAAUGUUAAAGUUUGCGUACCACCCCAAAUAUUUUCAAAGUCCAUUGAGAUAUUGCUUUCAUAUUUUGCAUACUUGCUUACCAUCAUGACCCCAGUCUGUAAAAAGGAGGAGGCAACUCUAUCAAGCAUUUUGACUGAAUUAUGGCCCCUUUUCGACUUAGAAUAUGCUUAUUGUAUUGUUAAAGUUUUACCCAUAUUGCUUAUAUUAUACUAUCAAGCACUGAGAAUAGUGGAGCGCGCUGUCCACAGACAGCUCUUGUUGUGACCAGGAUUAAUCUAUGAUGAUGUCUAUUAUUGUGAACUGGAUAAAUCCAUUCUGAUGUUUAUUUUUUUAUCAGGAUUAAUCCAGAGUCUAGUUUAUCAUACAAUAAACCUCACAGAAUUGUGUUCACUGGUAACCUUGUCAGUUAUAGUAAUUUAUUAAUUUCAUUUUCACAGUACCUGUGCUACUGAGUUAGAUUUUACUCUAAGCAAGUUUGAAAGUGUUGAUGGAUCAUUUUAAGUUUUAUUAGAAAUUCCUAGUAUCAUUGUUAUAAGUGGGUAGGGAUGGAUGUUAGAAAAUGGGUUGGGUUACAAAGUCAAAGAAGUGAACUUGCACAGCAUUAGUUACUAAAAUAUUACUAGAUCUACAUACAGAUAGGCUCUUUCUUAAAACAAAAAAAUGAAAAUUAUAUUUUUUUAAAAAACAUGCUAUUUUCGAAAAUAUAAAUGUUUGAAGAAUUUUAAUCAAAUAUGGAGGCUAGAGGAAAAACUGUCAUUUAUGAAAUUCAGAAAACACUAAUAAAAGAUAAAUUAAUGUGUUGUAAUUAGUUUCUUUUAUUGUUUUUAUUCAUAAAACACUCGUAAAGAGUUUUAAAAAAUAUGUAUAGAAGUUAUUUACUGCAAUAGUAAUGCAGAAGAAAAUUGAUUUGAAAGAGAAUUUGACUGUACUUUGUGAUACAGAAUGCAUAAGUUUUGUAUCUUUUGCUACACUGCUGUAACAUUUACUUGUUGAUAUGUAACAUAUACAAUUAGUCUGAUACAGGAAGGUCAAAAUGUGUAACCUAUAACUGAUAGAAUCUCUGGGAUGAUUGAUUCCAUUGUUAUUUACAAUUUUUGAUAAUUUUAUUCUUCCUACAAACUUGAGAAUAGGUGAUUAGUUUUAUCAAGUCCAAAUUCUUUAAAGUCACAUUUGAAACCCAGUUGUAUAGUAAAGAUGUUACAAACACUUCUCUAAGCCAAGUGAGGUCACAAUAUGAGCAUGAUAACCUUAAUUGUGUCAGUGUAAUUUUAACAUGACAAAACAAUUGAUCAAAAUUUAUGUCGAAUUAUGUAAAUAAUAAUUUAAUAGAUAGAUUAAGAUAAAGAGAAGAUAUAGAAAACUUCCUAUUUAACCAAGGUUGAUUUUUGGGAUGCUCUUUUCCUUGACCUUAACCCAAUCUAAGGUAGGUUUUGUCUCAGUGAAAUUUACAUUUAGGUAAAGUUAUAUAAAAAUAAAUUCAUGCAAAAUGACAGACAGAUGGAUGGUUUGUAUUCCUCUAUCCAUUCUGGUUUGAAAUGGUAUCACAAAGACCAGCAAUAAACUCCAUGUUCUUAAAACUGUUAUUGCAAAAACUGUUGUUGCAGCAACAGUUGAGUUCUCUUUAUAAAUUAACACACUGCCAUAUUGGCCGCAUUUUUCAGAAUUUACUUUUGAAUUGUUAAUAUAAAAUUUUGACUUGUCACAUAAAGAAGCUGUUUAAAUAUGUAAAACUUACUGCUGUGCAAGGUGCCCAAAAAUAUUCAACUUUAUAACCCAUACUUAAGUUUAGAUUAUCAAAAGUGUCAUAAUUACGGUCAAUGGGGAUCCUUAGAUGAUUUAGAGUAGGGUCAGUAUCUCAUGAGACAGUGUUUGAGUGGGGUUGGUUUUAGAUUAGUACAUUUACAAUAGAUUUAGUGUCAAAAAUGGCUUUCCUGAUAACGCUGAUUAUUCUAUUUAUUUUUGUACAGGAAACUGUAUGACCAUUAAGGCUUUAAUUUAAGCCACAAUGUUUAUAGGGAUUUAAGGGGCUCUCCUCAAGAUUAAUGUCAGAUUGUUCAAUAUUUAUAUGUCACGGUAUAUAGAACUUGAAUAUUUAAACGGGCAGAAAAUGUGUAGGCGUCUGGGUAGCUCAUUCGGUAGAGCAUCGGAACGGUCCAAGGCCCCGGGUUCGAGUCCCGGUCUGGCUGCACGUUUUUCUCACCCUGUGACAUAUAUACUUUUCAUAGUUAAAAAUUCUUACUAGUUUAAAAUUUAUUAUCCUAAACAAAGAAGACAGACUCUUUGUUUGAUUGCCAUAGUUGUUAUACCAUAGCAUCAAAUGUUAUAGUAGCUUGCUGGAAAAGAAAACCACACAAAACAGGCAAAUAUUUGGUGUGUUUCAUCAAAAAUGUAGAUAACAGUGUUUGAUAUCCUGUUAUAAUUGAAACAGUUUAUCCAUACAACAAUCUUUAGUAUCAUGGGAUCAAUACAAUAUAUUCAAAAAGUGAUUUCCUCUUGAAUAAAAUCUUGCAGACUCACGAUAUAAUUCCUUCACAUCUGAACAGCAGUAACUUUUAUUGAAGAACAAAUCACUGUUUUGAGAUAUUUCAUUUCUUAAAUAAUUAAAAGGUAAUUCAGUGAGUUCUUUACAGUAUUUAUUUACAAAAACAUAAUUGCAGUCUGUAAAAUAUGUGACAAGUAAUCCACUUCCAGUUUUGCAGUAAAUAAGAGACAUAAAUUUUGAGGUGUGUCCCUUUAAAAAUAAGUCUAUGUAACAGGAAUUUAAACCUAUACUUGUGCUUGGGUUGUCUUUUGCAUUUGAAAUUUUCUAGAUUUGACUGUUCUAUGAAUGCUGUGCAAUUUCUUUUUGUGAAAAGUGCUAUAAUCUGAUAAUUUGUGCCCAUCUUGCUAUUUCUAUUUUUAGAAAUGAUACAAAAGUAUUUUCCACCCUGGUGAUAGAAAGAAUAGAUGGAUAUCUUCCAUUUAUGUAAAAUGUGAUUAUUUUUAUACAUGAAUAUUACUGACCAAGUAGAGGGAAUCUGGUUAAUGUCAUGCUUAAAAUACCAAUUACUUGUGAGACAUGUUGGCAAUCCGUUUGGUUGACUUUAAGAAGGCUUGAUGGAUUUAUUCAGACAUCUAUCCAUGCUUGCAAUGUCUGAUAUGCACACCUGGAGUUUCAUCCAGACUUCGUUAACACCUGUAUGACUAAAGAUACCAGUUUUAUAACCAUUAACCUUUAGCCUGCUGGCGGCAAAUGAUUCUGCCUUUGCGACCAGUGCAGACCAAGAUCAGGCUGCACAUCCGUGCAGAUGAUCCUGAUCUGCACUGUUCACUAUUCAGUCAGUAAAUUGUCAGUAAACACUCCUUCAAGUAACAAAUGGCACUGCCCAGAUUGAAUGAUGGACCAGUCAGGUUUAGAAAUUUAGCAGCCUAAAGGUUAAAAAGUUAGAGGUUCUGAUACAUUUUAGAAAUGAUACAAAAGGUAUUUAAAAAAUGAAAGGAACAAGAGCUAAUUACCAAAAAGUACUAGAAAAGCCCCUAGUUUUGAAAUUCAUUUCUUGUUUUUGAUUGCUAAUCAUUGUAUCCACAUAGCAAAUACCAUUUUCAGUAUUCAUAUAACUUACCGAAUCUCUGGCCUACAGGUCAUCUAAAUGGAAGAUGUUAAAUGGCUUGCCAACAUGAAAUAUGAUUUAUCUUGCCUUAUGUUAAACAUGUUAGCUGAUCACAAUGUUCUUUGACUGUAUUGUAUGAAGCACAAUUCUUUGAUAGAGAAUGACCAUGACUUCGAUAUACUGGUAACGUUGGCUAUGUAAGGACAAUUUAUUUUAUUCCAGGUCUGCUGUGUUUUCUAUUGGACUAUGUUAAACAUUGAUUCAUUAGAAUGGAAGCAAACAAAGACUUAUAGUGACUUUGUUGAAAAAGUAUACUAGUAUAUGAAAUGAGGUUUUGAAGAUAAAUUGUUCCUUUGAUCAAAGGUUUGGUAAUGUUUGUUCCCACUUAGAUUUACUUCUUAUAAUUUCAUAGUCUUAAGAAGUCAUACUGAUUACAAACUGAUUACAUUUUGGAAGACAAUACCAUUUAAUAUUCAUUCAUGACUUAAUUGAAUAUGUAGAACAGUCCAUAAAUAUUAGUGAAAAUAAAUUAGUCCGGAAUUUUAUCAAAUCUUCAGUAAUUCGUUGAUAAUUUUUGGUUAUCUCCCUUUAGUUGGUAUAAAUAAUGUCAUUCAAAUGUUUUUCUGACUGCAAAUUUAUAUUUGUUUUCGUUGAGAAUAGCUUUCCCUUUUUAGAAGAUGAAUUUAAGCACAAUUAAACAUCUUCAUAGGUGAUAAAUCUGUAUUUGAAUAACAGAUACUUGUUUGAUCCAAAAAAUAAAGCAUGAGAAAAGAACAUUUUAAUUCGUAAUCUUUUUUGUUUGAACUAUGUUUGCCACUUGUGCCAAAAAUAAAUAUACUAUGUAAAUUUUCUUAUGUGCAAGGAUAUAAAAUUGUUUGUGUGUCAAAUAAAUUUUAAAAAC